AGAUAAGUUGCAAUUUCACUGGCGUUUCUUUUUUUUUGUCGAAAAACGCAAAUACGCUGGAAAAGCAGUGCAACGAUCAUAAUCAACUGACAAAUAAAGCAAAACAAUUGGCUACAAUUUUGCAAUCGUUGCAGCCUGUUGACAAUUAAAAAAGAACAAUUUGAAGUUGCCAUGAAAAUCGUCAAUAGAAAUUAGACGACGGACAAGCUUUGGCAACAACAACAAUAAUUUAAGAGAAAAGUCCAGAGGAGACCUCACUCUAAAAGAGAUAGAGGGAGAGAGAGAGAGAGGAGGAAGUUGGAGUAGGAGGCGUAUUCGCUGGAAAGCACAGCAGCAAAUCCCGUCCGUAUUUGAAUGGAUCCGUGUGUUGGCUGGUUUCAGGAGGAACAAGAGGGACCAGCGUUGCGCACAUGGCUAAAGAUUUGGGAGACGAAUGCACAGGAGAUGGGCGCACUUCUUGAGCAGCAGCUACAGCAGAAUAACAAUAACAUCAGCAACAUCAGCAGCAGCAGCAAGAACGACAACAGCAACAGUAUCGUCAGCAGCAGCAGCAGCACAACGCCCACCAACAACAACAACAGCAGCAGCAACAAUAAAAGCGACAACGUUUCAACAAUUGGUCAGUGUGAUCCGGAUUCAUUGCAGACACUGCUGCAGCAGUUGAACGAGACGCCUGCUCGGGGGAAUAGCAACAACAGUAACAAUCGCAACAGCUCGAGCAACACCUCUGUUGAUUCCACAUCGAACAACGACAAUAACUCGCCAACGAGCAACAGCAGCAGCAGCAACAACACAACAAGCGGCGAUAACAGCAGCAGCAGCACCACCAACACCACUACGACCAGCACCACCACGAACACUAGCAGCAACAUCAUCAGCAACAGCACCACCACCACCACCACUACCACAACCAACAACAAUAAUAACAACAACAACACAAGCUCCACAAACACCACCAAUUUUAUAGCAAAUCCCGCGUCGAAGGUGCCGCUGCACGAGCGCAGCAACACCUACUAUAAUCCAUCGCGUAGGAAACGUGUCGUGGACAACAAGUCGAGCACACUGAAUCUGAACAAGCACGCGGACAUGAUAGUCAAGUAUAAGGGUUGCCCGUGGCGUGUGCGCGACUUUCAAUACGGCGAUGGCAUAAUUGGACUGCACGAGGAGAUCGAACACUUCUAUCAGUAUGUGCUGCCCACGCCCUGCGAGCAUGCCAUACGCAACGAGGUCGUCAAGCGCAUCGAGGCCGUUGUCCAAUCGAUAUGGCCGCAGGCCGUAGUUGAAAUAUUUGGCUCCUUUCGCACCGGCCUCUUUCUACCCACCUCGGACAUUGAUCUCGUUGUGCUGGGACUGUGGGAGAAAUUACCGCUGCGCACGCUAGAGUUCGAGCUGGUGUCCCGGGGCAUCGCGGAGGCGUGCACGGUACGGGUGCUGGACAAGGCGUCGGUGCCGAUCAUCAAGCUGACGGAUCGGGAGACGCAGGUCAAGGUCGACAUAUCGUUCAAUAUGCAGUCGGGCGUGCAGUCCGCGGAGCUGAUCAAGCAGUUUAAGCGCGAAUUUCCCGUGCUUGGAAAACUGGUGCUGGUGCUGAAGCAGUUCCUGCUGCUGCGCGAUCUCAACGAGGUCUUCACCGGCGGUAUCUCAUCGUACUCACUGAUACUCAUGUGCAUUUGCUUCUUGCAAUUGCAUCCGCGCGCCAUAUUCCCGGACAAACCGAAUCUGGGCGUGCUGCUGCUCGAGUUCUUUGAGCAUUAUGGCAUUCGAUUUAAUUACAUCAAUGUCGGCAUUUCCAUUAGCGGCGGUCGCUAUACGCCCAAGGAUGAACUGCAGCGCGACAUGGUCGAUGGCCAUCGGCCAUCGUUGCUCUGCAUCGAGGAUCCAUUGACGCCCGGCAACGAUAUCGGACGCAGCAGCUACGGUGCCUUCCACGUCCAGCAGGCCUUCCGCUGCGCCUACCGUGAGCUCACCAAAGCGGUCAGUCCACUCAAUCUUUGGGGAACGGAUGCCAAUGUCACCUCCAUAUUGGGUCGCAUUAUUCACAUCACCGAUGACGUGAUCGAUUAUCGGGAAUGGAUACGCGAGAACUUUGACUAUCUGACCGCCAUCGAUCCGAUCUCGCCGCUGCCCGCCUACACGAACGGAAAGUAUGUGAUCAUGGCCUCCGGUGCCGUAGUCCAUCCCAUCUAUCACCCCCACGCGGUGCUGCAGACGCACGCACUGGCGCCCCAGCCAUAUCAUACGGCAGCAGCAGCAGCCGCCGCCGCCCAACACCAACAUCAUCAACAUCUGCAACAGCCACAGGCACAGCUGAAUCUGACGGCAUUGCGUCAUCGGCGAGGCAGCACCUCAUCCGCUGAUGAUUCCGAGGAUAGCAAGGACUGUGAGCUUAACGAACGAGAGCGGGAGCGGGAACGUGAGCGGGACAGGGAGCGGGAGCGAGAGAGGGAGCGAGAGCCAUUAACAGUUGUCGGUCAGCCAAUUGUUGAGAUCAUCGACAUCACGAACUCGCCGCCCAACGGACUGGAUGUGAUUGUGGCGCCCAAGCAGCUGCCCAUCAGCAACAGCUCGUCGCCAGACGUGGAGCAGCUGAGCGAUGAACCACCACCACUGGAUGAACCACCACCAAUAUUGAUGAGCAGCGUGAAUGUCUACUCCAAUCACAGCAGUAGCAGCAGCAACCCAACGACACGAAGUUAUGCUCACCAACAACAGCAGCAGCAUAGAGGUCACAACACCACUUCGUAUUAUCGUCAGCAGUUUUAUGUGGCGCCGCACAUGCAACAGCAGCCACAAUUGACCAAGUCCAGCUCUGCCAGUACGCAGCAAACUGUUGGCUACAACACACAACAUUCGCAGCAGCAGCAGCAGCAACAGCAGCAACAUCAUCACCAGCAGCGACCACAGCAUUUGCGACUGUCCAGCAGCAACAGCAGCAGCAGCAACAACAACAGCAGCAGCAGUAGUGGUGGUGGUUACCAACAACAGCAGCAGCAACAACAUCAUCAUCAUCAGCAACAACAACAGCAGCAGCAGCAGCAGCAUCAUCGCCGUCAUCAUUUUCAAUCAGGCUCAUCGAGAUCGGUAGGUUCGCUCACAGUAACAUGCUCAUCCUCAUCCUCAGCCUACCCAGUGGCAGCAACUGCUGCUCACAGCAGCAACAACAGCAGCCACAGUCGAUUGCAACAGAUGCGAGAUGCUCGUCUGGUCAACUCAUCAUCGUCAAUCAUUUCCAUAUCGUCGGAAUCCUCGGUUGGCAGCUCCUCGGGCUCAUCGCCACGUUCGCCACGCUGUGCUUCUGGCGGUGAAUCGGCCGAUUCCGCAUGUGGCCAGCUGGUCACUGCUGAAGAUUGCUGAAUGGCCGUAGCCAUAAUAUACAUGUGUGUGCCUGUGUGUGUGUGUUUGCGUGUGUGUGCGUGUUAGCGAGAUAGAGAUAGCAAUAGUCAUGUGUGCAUAAAAAGUUGCCCUCGAUUAGAACAUUUUUGUUUAGUUUGAUUA